AUGCACUACCACAAAGUCCCACACACUACCUCCCACUACUAUGCACCCCCACGCAGAGACGGCACGAGGAUAAAAAAGAUUCGCAAUGUAAGCGAGAACGACAUGCUGCACAAGCACAGGGUGCUAAAAUACCCCUAUUUCAAGAUGAAGAAAAUUGGACAAUACAAGAAGGUAGAGACAAGUAACAGCCACCUCUUCAAUCGAGACGUCGAAGUCGUAUAUGACUAUCGCUAUGCUGACACGUUUGUGAAACUCAAGGACAUCAUUUCGGACAAUCUGGAAGGAAUAACCAUCCGGGAGAGAUGCACUGAUGACGCAUCCUUCGAAGUUUAUGAUUGCCUACGUAACAUAACCCUCAUCAAAAAAAAAAACCAAGGUUAG